AUGGGCGAGACCAAGAAGCGAACACUCCACGAGGAUUCUUCUUCUCCAUCAUCAUCGAAGGUUGACCCUUAUAAGAAACCCCAUUUUUCAUCAGCUAACAAACCUUCAUUGAGUGUCGAAAAAGUUCUUGACGAUACUGGCAUUAGGCUUUCUCAACAAGAUGUUGAAGAAGUGUUGAAAUUGUCUUACGGGUUCCCCGGUCCCGCCGUGAAGUUCUUCCGAUGGUCUGGUCACCAGCUCAAUGACAAGCAUAGUCCAUAUGCUUGGAACUUGAUAGUUGAAAUGUUAGGCAAGAAUCGUUUGUUUGAUGCAAUGCGAAACGCAAUUAAGUCGAUGAAGGAUGAAGGGUUGCUUUCUUUGGCCACAUUUGCGUUUGUUUUUAGUAGUUAUUGUUAG